AUGCCUUCAAGAACAAAAUGCUCCUCGCCACUCUCAUCAAGCUCCAGCGACGAUAGCGCUCAGGCUAAGCGCACACGCGUUGGUAAGCCAAAGGUGCGAACCGGCUGUAUCACUUGGAUCCGACGAGUGAAAUGCGACGAAGAAAAACCGGCCUGCAGUCGCUGCACUUCUACGGGCCGCAAAUGCGACGGCUACGGCCCGCGGCCCAAGAGACCCAGCCCCUCCGACGACGAGGAUGACCGCAACCUGGCCGGCGUGCGCCUCGUCAGAAAACGUCGUGCCAUCAACGAAGAAGCCACCACGGGUGCCGUAUCACUGACUGGCGCCGCUCCGACCGCCUACCCAUAUACCACCCUUCUGCGACCCCUGAUGGCCGACAUCUCGGGCACGCGCACCGAAAGAAUGUACUUUCACCGCUUCCGUGACAUUGGCGAGGAAGCUCUCGGCAUCCGACACAUGCAUAGCGGCCUCUUCUGGCGCCAGAUUGUCCCGCAGUACUGCGCCGAGGUACCCUCGGUGAAGCACGCCUACAUUGCCUUUGCGGCGGCUUACAUGCACUUUCACGUCGCGGCGGCCCAGCGACCGGGUGUAGGCGCUGCACCGACAGAAGCUGAACGAUUCGUACUAGAGCAGUAUUCAAUUGCAAUGGAGCGAAUGUCGCACGACUGCGGUACAUUGCCCUUACGGCGCCGGUACGGCAUCACCAUGAUGUGCUGCGUGGCCUUCUUUUGCAUUGAAAUGCUGCGCGGCGACUUGAGCCAAGCGCUUGUGCAUCUUGCCAACGGCACCCGCAUGAUGGCCGACCUGCCAGAAGACGUGGCGGAUAUUCUGCACAACCCUGCGAAAUGGAGCCAGGGACUGGACACAUCCCAUGUGCGGGUAGCGUACAUGGUCAGGCUUCUCACGCGGUGGGAGGACUCUGUCGGGCAUCUCGCUGCUGACUUCGAGCCGCGCCUCACCGCGCAGGCGUACGAGUCCCGUCAGCAUGAACAAGUUGCCGUCAGGGCGCGUUCGGUGGAGGAGCUGCAAGAUGUCGUCGACGACUUUUGCCAGGACGUCAACGCAUUUACGUGGAUGGUACGGCGGCACAGGAGCAGCAGCGAGAACAUGUACUGGAGUGAUCCUGUCCACCGGCUACAUUACUGGACGCUCAAGCAGCGCGGCGAUAACAUUGGCGUCCUGUUUUCGGACCACUACGUCGUCCACGGCAUAUGCUACCACCGCAGCUCACGGGAGUACCUCGCCAUGAACGUGGGUCUACUGCGGCACCGGGUCAGCGCGCUGACGCUGGACUUGCUGCCUUUUGAUGCGGCAGAGGUGCUGUCGCCGCUCGCCGAAGCCGAGCGCAUCCAGGAGCUCGUGGCCAUUGCGGAGAGGAUCCAGGCGGGGGAGGGGGAUGUGGUGGGUGGCAAUGUGUCGCAUAUUGAUGUCGGAGUUGUACCUACGCUGCAUGUGGCAGCGAAGCAUUGUAGAGAUUUGGUAACAAGGGAGAGGCUGCUGAGCUUGAUACGACAGUGGCCACGGAAAGAGAGUCUCUGGGACGGGCCGGUGAUGCGAGAGAUGAUGAUGUAUUAA